AAAGAUGGCGUGACGAAAAUUCUUGGCACCGGGCGACUGAACGAUUUCGAGCGGAAACUUGUUGAAGCCGCAAUUCCGGAGUUGAAGAAAAAUAUCAGUAAAGGUGUUAAAUUUGUGAGCGGCUAA